ACGAUACCGCCGGCGGGAUCUGUGUUUCCGAGAGUGAGGGCUGCUCGGCGGGUCACGGCGGCCACCGGCUGGAGCCAUGACCCCGAACCUGCGCACCGCGCUCAUUUUCGGCGGCUUCAUCUCCCUGAUUGGCGCCGCCUUCUACCCCAUCUACUUCCGGCCCCUAAUGCGGCUGGAGGAAUACCAGAAGGAACAAGCCGUAAAUCGAGCUGGUAUUGUCCAAGAAGACGUGCAGCCACCAGGGUUAAAAGUGUGGUCAGAUCCAUUUGGCAGGAAAUGAAAAGGCUAUCACCACCUCUGAAUAUGAAAGUAGACAGAGUCUUCAUGCUUUCAGUUCUGCAGCAAGUACAAUAAAUCACCUGGCUAAAGAACGAUGGCUGGAGAAGAAAACUCUAGAAGGCUGUAAAGAAGAGUACUGUGCACCAGGAUUAAUUCCCUUCUUAAGUAUCAAAAGAACCCUGAAACAAAUCGCACCAUUACGAAGGUUUUCAUGAUUUGGUUUCCUUUCUAAAAAUGAAGCUUUCUCACCCAGCUGCAUUUGGAGGUGAUCUACUUAUUAUUCAGUCUCUACCUCUUACCCACCUGAGCUGUGAUAUGAAUACAAGCAACCAGUAGACUUGGGAAGAUCCUAGUCUGUUUUGCCAUCUUCCAAAUAAGAAGUUCAGUGAAAAACCACCAUAUUGAGCAGCCUCAUAGGGCUCUUUGAAAAUGUUAAAGUUGAUAAAACUCUUUGAGGACAAGGUACAUUGUACUCUUUAAGAAUAAACAGUUCAACUCAACUAUCUCAUUGGGAGGGUUGCUGCAUGUUGAAAAAUAAAUAACUAUGAAGCAAACCAAACUAAAUGGGUAUGCAUGCCUAGUAGAAAUCAUGUUGAAUUAACUGAAGUGAAAAUGUGUAUAUUAAAAUGAUUUCUUUUUACUUCACAAUGGUGUAAGAUUUUUUGUAAAUCCUUUUUUGUAAGCGCAU